AUGGCGCUUCAUCAGGACUCAACAGCGGCCAUCGCGAACAAUCCGUUGCUGUUCCCGCAGUCAACGCGGCCCUUUAACAAGAAGUUAUUCCAACAGCCAACGGCCGAAUAUCGAGGCAAUCCUCUAUGGUCAUGGAACACCAGGUUGGAGCAAUCGAAGCUCCUACAAGGCAUCGACGCUUUACAGGAGAUGGGCUUCGGGGGGUUUCACAUACAUUGUCGCGUCGGCCUUGAUACUGAGUACUUGGGCCCGGAGUUCCUCGAAUAUGUGAAAGGCUGUGCCGAUUAUGCUGCAAAGAAAGAUUUGCUGUGCUGUUUGUACGACGAGGACCGCUGGCCCAGUGGUUAUGCGGGAGGGCUCACCCUUGAGGGCCACCCCGAACAUCGAGCGAAGCAUCUUCUCUUCACGCCUCGGAAGUACGGCGAGGGUACCCGGACUGAUGUAAUGCAGGGAGCACAUGCUGGUGGUGUUCGAAGUGAGCUCGGGGAGCUUGUCGCGCGGUAUGAGAUCACCCUGAAUAAAAAGACCAAAACUCUGGCCUCAUUCAAGCGACUGGCCGACACGGAGGAGCCAUCUCUCGGAUCGACGUUAUGGUACGCCUAUCUCGAGCCUAACCCACCGUCGGAGUGGUAUAAUGGUGACACAUAUCUGGACACUUUGAGCGAGGCUGCAGUGGCUCGAUUCAUCGAGACGACGCACGAGAAGUAUGCAGAUAUAGUGGGCCAUCUGUUUUCCACCGUCGUGCCGAGCAUCUUUACCGAUGAGCCUCAGUUCGCCCACAAGACUCAGUUACUACAGGUUGAUGAUCUGACAGACGUCUUCUUGCCGUGGACCGAUGAUUUCAGUCUCAGCUUCGAGCACCGCUAUGGCUAUGAUAUAUUGGCCCACCUUCCUCUCCUCGUCUGGGAUGCACCCGAUCUGGAGCGGGCAGAAGUCGCUCGCUAUCAUUUCCACGACCACGUAUGUGAGCGCUUCGUCGACGCAUUCAUGGAUCAAAUCGCGACGUGGUGUCGCAACCACGGAAUCUUGUUGAUUGGACAUAUGAUGAAGGAGCCCACACUUCUAUCCCAAACCCAAGCCCUGGGCGAGGCCAUGCGGUGUUAUCGCAAUCUGGAUGUUCCCGGUGUCGACAUUCUGACUGACCUCCUCGAAUACAACACGGUCAAACAAUGCACCAGUGUGGCCCAUCAGAAUGGCGCCAGGGGGUCAAUGAGUGAGAUCUACGGCGUCACUGGAUGGUCCUUCGAUUUUCGAGGCCACAAAGCGAGCGGUGAUUGGCAGGCAGCCCUGGGGAUCACAUUCCGAGUGCACCAUCUUGCCUGGGUCAGUAUGGAAGGCGAGGCCAAGCGAGACUUCCCGGCGGCCAUCAGCUACCAGAGUAACUGGUACCGGGAGUACCACCAUGUGGAAGAUCAUUUCUCCCGGCUCAACGUGGCCCUCACCAGAGGUCGACCCCAGAUCCGCGUUGCGGUGAUCCAUCCUAUUGAAAGCUACUGGCUCUGCUUCGGACCAUUGGAGACCAAUCGCUCGGAACUGUUGUUUCGCGACAGUGCCUUCGCAGACUUGACCAACUGGUUAUUAUUUGGGUUGAUUGAUUUUGACUUUGUCUCCGAAAGUCUCCUGCCCAGUCAAUGCCCGUCUGAUGAUGUCAAUAACUCUGGUCGAACCCUCGGAGUUGGCGCCAUGGAAUACGAGGCAGUCAUUCUUCCCAACCUUCGAACCAUUAGGUCGUCGACGUUGGAGCGGGUGAGAGCGUUUGCCAAUUCUGGAGGCAAAGUCAUCAUCGCAGGAGAAGCACCAACCCUUGUCGACGCCAAAACGCCCGACACCCCCCUGACUCUGGAAAAUAUGACCCACGUUCCCUUCACGAACUUCCACAUCCUUCGUGCUCUCGAGGACUUCCGCGACAUUCGGAUUGUCACUACUGAUGAAGGUCAGAAUGCCUCCACCUUCAUGUACAAUAUGAGGGAUGACGGCGACUCACUUUACCUUUUCAUCUGCAACACUGACCGCCGGCGAUACUACCCAACCCGUGUCGCAAUCAAGGGGGAAUUUGGUGUCGACGUCCUGGAUACCCUCACAGGUGACGAGUGGAGGCUGGAAACCGAAUUGGUCGACGGCUGGACAGAGUUCAACUGGCACUUUGAAGCCAUUGAGAGUCUGCUGCUCCGGCUCCAGCCCGUCACUGCCAACCUUGCCGUAUCGAAGAUAUCGGGUGCCCAAAGGCAAUUUCCGCUCCGGUCUUCGCUGAAGACCGUGGCGAGCGAGGUGCAUCUGGACUCGGUCGAAUUAGACGAAAAGAAUGUUCUUCUCCUUGACCGCGCAUCUUGGAGACUCGAAGGGGAAGAUUCAUGGCACGAGGAGACGGAAAUCCUACAUGCCGAGAACGACGUGCGGCGGCAUCUGGGGAUCCCCCAGAAACUCGAAGCCUUUCGCCAGCCAUGGCGGUAUUCCGCCGCUGAUAGGGCACCGGUUGCAACCGUUCACUUGAAGUUUGACUUCGCCUCCACCGUCGCUGUCGAUGGCGAGAUUCUGCUGGCUCUGGAGCAGCCUGAAGCAGUCCGGGUCCUGUUCGACGGAGUAGAACUUGGCGGGAAGACCACCGACCACGUCACGGGGUGGUGGGUGGACAGGGACAUCCAUACGGUCCGACUUCCUGGCUCGAUCACGGCCGGCAAACAUUCGAUCGAGCUCAUCCUCCCUUUCAGCAGGCUGUCCAACAUGGAACGGCUGUACCUCUUGGGAGAUUUCGGGGUUCAGAUCCGCGGCCAAUCCGCGACCAUAGGCCCGCUCAAUCUCCGUGACCUCACGUUUGGCGACUGGACCCCGCAAGGGCUUCCUUUCUAUGCCGGAAAUGUGACGUACCACUGUAGCUUCACCACGCCGGCCGACUUUGAACGCGGAACAAGGCUUUUCGUCGAGAUCCCGCGCUUUUGCAGCCCUGUCUUGACGGUCAGCCUGGAUGGCGCAUCGCGUGGUCCCGUCUAUCUGGACCCUCACACGCUCGAACUGGGAAGCGACUUCGGCCCCAGGGAAUCCCACACGCUGGAUGUGACGUGCUUUGGCAACCGCGACAACGCCUUUGGUCCGAUCCACAAGCCGGAAGGCGGUACGAGGUGGAUUGCGGCCAACACGUUCCGCGCCGAGCACGAGAAUUGGACGGAGGAAUACACCAUCAAGAAGAUGGGUGUCCUUCAACGACCCAGGCUGAAGGUUGUCGGCAAGGAAAUCUACCACGUCCAACUGAAUCCGACCAAGACUUGGAUUUUGUAG